AUGGUGGCUAAAUCAGUGUGGAAUAAAGUGGAUGAACAUGUCUCAAUGAUUGCUAUAGGGUUGGGAUUUGGGAUUGGACUGGGUGGUACAAUAUCAGUAAUGGAACUGGAGAGAACGCACAAGGAUGGAGUUUUGAAUGGACUUGGAACCAAGGGAUUGGGUACUAAGGUUCUAGGCCCAUUGACAAAGGAGAGCAGGGAAAUGAGAAGACUUCAGUAUUUCCUCCUGCUGGACAGACUCCAAUUGUUUCUCCUGUUAGAUUUAUCCAGUAAUAAAUUUGGGGGAAGAAUCCCCCCUGCUCUAGAGGAUCUAAAGGGAUUUAGAAGCCCUAAAGUUUCACAACUAGGUGGCACUACACUAUAUGAGGAUAUACCGCCCAUCAGAAUAAAAGGAACAGAGUAUAGUCUGGAAUAUGUGCUGGCUGCAAACACUAUACUUGAUCUGUCAAACAAUAAUUUAACAGGGGAAAUACCACCAAACAUUGGGAAUCUAUCCCAGCUCAGGUUGCUAAAUCUGUCUAGAAACAAGUUUGAAGGUACAAUACCAGCAUCUUUGGGGCAAAUAGAACCUCUAGAGCAGUUGGACUUGUCUCAAAAUAGACUAAGUGGGGAAAUACCUGAGGAGCUAUGCCAGUUAUCCAAGUUGAGCUAUUGGAAUGUAUCUUUCAACCAUCUCUGUGGGCCAAUACCUGCAGGAAAACAACUUAUGACUUUUGAUGAGAGAUCUUACCAGGGAAACCGUACGUGUUUCUAUGGGUAUCCAUUACAAAGUUGCAAAUAG